CGUAAACAACAACAUUUUAAGUUAUGUAAAAUAACAUUCAUCUUCUUACAUUAAUGAAGUUUUGAUGAAGAAUAACAAAGAAAACGAUUUUCCUGAAUGUUCUUAACUCGUUAUUUUCGGUUCAUCGCAGAGCAUCAUGCUUGGUUUACAAUGACUACUUGACAAGAACUCCAGGAUGCGUCUCCAAGAUGAUGAAAGACCUCAACUCGAUGACUCUUGAGCAGUGAUGUUAAAACAGUUGGCUUCAUAUGAUGUACAAUAUCCAUGAAAACCUUGCAGACAUCAACGCUAACAGUGUUGUUCAGAAAAGAGGAACAGUGUUUUGGACAUAUUCAUGCAGGAGGCACCUAAACAGCACCCAGACUGCAACAGCACUGCGACCAUUCUACUUUGCUGUUCAUCCGGACUUGUUUGGAAAAUUCCCCAAAGAAAGAGCUGUGAAUGAUAAAUCGUUGAAGCACCUCCAUGAAUAUGUAUCCUCUAUACAAGCCAACCAGCGCAUUUCGCUACAACCAGUAGAACUCAACUUUUACUUGCGCAGUCCUGUAAGCAGAAAUUUCAAAAGAAUCCGAAUCAACCUGAAAUCCAAGGACAUCCGACAGACUGUGGUGUCUGUACUGCAAGCCUGUGGCCUGCCCCUUGACUAUGUGAACACAUUGCCGAAACAAGAGAACUAUUCGACUGGUGAGAGGGCCAACUCCGUCAACUGGUACCAGUAUGAGGAAGGAGAAUUACGCUAUGGCGGGGAGUGGCGGCCGAAACCACCACCGCUGAGGACUUUGAUACGGUGGCUGAAAGAAAAUGAGGAGCGGUUACGAACAUACUGUGAAGCCAGCCGACAGACCCAAGAAGAAAUAGAUGCUCUAUGUGAGCGGCUUGUAUCCCGUGUUGGGGUGGAGUCUGUCCGCUGGGAAAAUAUCUGGGGAAACAGUCACUACAUUGCCUGUCUACGUACCUUUAACAACCUGUGUGAUGCGCAGCUGGCCAGGAUGAGAAAUACUGUAGGAGGUCGUCACCUGGUGUUUGGUAACCACACUGGGAUCAAUUUGCACGGGGAAGUGGUCCUUGGCAGUGAAGACGUUGCCACAGACUGGAUGAUGCUUCUCCGUUCCAUCCAAGCUUACGACCCAAUGAUCGAGCGCCUUCCCAAGAUGGAGCAGGAACUGUCAGGACUUCUCAACGACAUCAAGAUCAUGCGACGUCACCAUCGCAAGUUUCUUAUGGCACAGACUUACGAGGUGCUCCUUAACCGGAUGUUAAACUCACUGCGACGCAGCCAGCAGACUGUCUCCCAAGUCCUGGGGGCUCAGGAUCUCUCAAAUCUAGUCCUUGUGGUGGAAUGUGAGUCCGGUCCCCUGGCUGUCUCCAACGGUGGCGAAUUCCUGAUUCCAGUGUCUGUACCAGCGAACAUGAUGCUCAAGUUUAUAGCAGAAAACAAGGAACAGGCCGCUACCUUCCUCAUAGAUGCCAAGUAUCACACAUUCUACAUGAAUCAGACCCUGGAUCAGUGUAGGCAAUCCCUGAAUGUGUCCCAGAUCAGCAGGGAUGAAGCUGUAACCCCCAAACAGAUGACCGAGUGCUGCCAGAGACUUCUGGACAAUAGAAGGGAGAUAAAUCAUCUGUUUCAGGGCACCAAACUCAAGGUGUCCACAUAUUACACUCUGAUGAAAGAUGGUGAACUGACAAUACCUUGGAACUGGCUCGGAGGCUAAAGGGCUUACAAUUAGAGGUUGUCAAUAUGCUACACAGUGAUCUCCCUUGUUGAGCAGCGGAGAUCUCUACCACCAUUUACGAAAAAGCUGGAUUUUAGCUGUUCACUUUUUAAGGAAUUUAAUUUAUUUCAUCUCAUUGCCCUAUUGUCUUGUUUUACCCUUUAAAAACGUGUAUGUUUCAUAUCUUAAAGUUAAAUUUUAUCAAAUUUAAUUCAUAUUUUGAUAUUUUGAAUGGGGUCAUAAUCCCAUGGUAUGCACGGCAGCAAAGGGAAGUAACCACAGUGUGGAGUUUUCAUUGUAGUGCUAAAAUAUAGCUCUUAAUUAUUUGGAAAAACAAGUGCGCCAUGGACGGCAAUUUAGGUAAUACUUUCAGGAAUGAGAUUACAUGAAAAUCAAAAGGUCACAAUGGUGCUACAUGCAUUAUAUGGUUGUGAGUACUUUUAGAUGUAGAGAACAAAUUGUAUGGGCAUUUAGAUUAUACAAGUAUUUAAUCAGUUAGAAAUGUUUUACUCAGAUAAAAUGUCUGUCCCAUUUAUGAUUAUUACAUUAUUAUUAUAUUAUUUAUGAUAUAACAUUGUUGUUUUCUGAUGUUGUUAUGACUUUGAUCAUUGAUUUCAUGUUAUUACUUCUAGUAAAUAAAAUUGUGAUAAA